UAGCGGGGCGUGACUGCGUGCGUCGACUGCGUCACCCGUCCCAUAAAUAGGAGCGGGCGGAGACACCCUGUAGCAGUGCGGUUUCGUAGUAGCGGGGUAAAGUCGGCCUUUGUGAAGCAAAUUUUUUCGGUUUUCCAGACGAGCGUCCGGGCUAACGUUCACCAUGCAGAUCUUUGUGAAGACCCUGACUGGCAAGACCAUCACCCUGGAGGUUGAACCCAGUGACACCAUUGAGAACGUGAAAGCCAAGAUCCAGGACAAAGAAGGCAUCCCCCCUGACCAGCAGAGGCUGAUCUUUGCUGGCAAGCAGCUGGAAGAUGGCCGCACCCUGUCUGACUACAACAUCCAGAAGGAGUCCACCCUCCAUCUUGUGCUGCGUCUGAGAGGUGGUAUGCAGAUCUUUGUGAAGACCCUGACUGGCAAGACCAUCACCCUAGAGGUGGAGCCCAGUGACACCAUUGAGAAUGUGAAAGCCAAGAUCCAGGACAAAGAAGGCAUCCCCCCUGACCAGCAGAGGCUGAUCUUUGCUGGCAAGCAGCUGGAAGAUGGCCGCACCCUGUCUGACUACAACAUCCAGAAGGAGUCCACCCUCCAUCUUGUGCUGCGUCUGAGAGGUGGUAUGCAGAUCUUUGUGAAGACCCUGACUGGCAAGACCAUCACCCUAGAGGUGGAGCCCAGUGACACCAUUGAGAAUGUGAAAGCCAAGAUCCAGGACAAAGAAGGCAUCCCCCCUGACCAGCAGAGGCUGAUCUUUGCUGGCAAGCAGCUGGAAGAUGGCCGCACCCUGUCUGACUACAACAUCCAGAAGGAGUCCACCCUCCAUCUUGUGCUGCGUCUGAGAGGUGGUAUGCAGAUCUUUGUGAAGACCCUGACUGGCAAGACCAUCACCCUAGAGGUGGAGCCCAGUGACACCAUUGAGAAUGUGAAAGCCAAGAUCCAGGACAAAGAAGGCAUCCCCCCUGACCAGCAGAGGCUGAUCUUUGCUGGCAAGCAGCUGGAAGAUGGCCGCACCCUGUCUGACUACAACAUCCAGAAGGAGUCCACCCUCCAUCUUGUGCUGCGUCUGAGAGGUGGUAUGCAGAUCUUUGUGAAGACCCUGACUGGCAAGACCAUCACCCUGGAGGUUGAACCCAGUGACACCAUUGAGAACGUGAAAGCCAAGAUCCAGGACAAAGAAGGCAUCCCCCCUGACCAGCAGAGGCUGAUCUUUGCUGGCAAGCAGCUGGAAGAUGGCCGCACCCUGUCUGACUACAACAUCCAGAAGGAGUCCACCCUCCAUCUUGUGCUGCGUCUGAGAGGUGGCUGUUAAGUUAUUGCGGCUCUUCCUUUACAAGAUUGCCAAUAGCAUUUGUUUUGCACUGUAGCCCGUCAAUGUCUUAAUAUUGUAAGUUAACUGCAAGUUUCAGUAAAUGCUGAACAGUGUAUGCUAAUAAAGGUUUUUGUUGCACAUUA